AUGGCCCGAACGAGUCUUACCCUGCUUUGCGCCGCCCUCUUGGGCAAGCUUGCAGACGCUGCGGCGUCGCAGGCGUACACGUGGAAGAAUGUGCUCACUGGCGGUGGAGGAGGCUUCACUCCCGGCAUUGUCUUCAACCCGUCUGCCAAAGGCGUCGCGUAUGCGCGUACGGAUAUUGGAGGCGCAUACCGUCUGAAUUCAGAUGACUCAUGGACUCCGCUGAUGGACUGGGUGGGAAAUUCUAGCUGGCACGACUGGGGCAUCGACGCUCUUGCCACGGAUCCAGUAGACACCGACCGGUUGUAUGUGGCAGUGGGUAUGUACACCAACGAAUGGGACCCAAAUGUAGGAUCGAUUCUGCGUUCGACAGACCAAGGUGACACCUGGUCUGAGACUGUGCUGCCGUUCAAAGUCGGUGGGAAUAUGCCCGGUCGCGGUAUGGGAGAGAGACUAGCGGUCGAUCCGAACGAUAACAGCAUCCUCUACUUUGGUGCGCGGAGUGGCCAUGGGUUGUGGAGGAGUACGGACUAUGGAGCUACUUGGUCAAAUGUGACGUCUUUCACCUGGACUGGAACCUAUUUCCAGGAUUCAAGCUCGACCUACACUUCAGACCCGGUGGGUAUCGCUUGGGUGACUUUCGAUUCCACUUCCGGUAGUUCGGGAUCUGCAACGCCGAGAAUUUUUGUUGGAGUCGCCGAUGUUGGCAAGUCUGUUUUCAAGUCGGAGGAUGCGGGUGCCACUUGGGCUUGGGUGUCUGGUGAGCCCCAGUAUGGCUUCCUUCCGCACAAAGGAGUCUUGUCUCCCGCGGAGAAGACGCUCUACAUUUCCUACUCCAACGGAGCUGGUCCAUACGAUGGCACAAACGGCACAGUCCACAAGUAUAACAUCACCAGCGGAGUAUGGACCGACAUAAGUCCCACCUCCCUCACGAGCACCUACUACGGCUACGGUGGUCUUUCAGUUGAUCUGCAAGUUCCUGGUACCUUGAUGGUGGCCGCGCUCAACUGCUGGUGGCCGGAUGAGCUCAUCUGGCGGAGUGUCGACUCUGGAGCGACCUGGUCCCCAAUUUGGGAGUGGAACGGGUAUCCCAGCAUUAACUACUACUACAGCUAUGAUAUUAGCAACGCGCCCUGGCUUCAGGACACGACCUCGACCGACCAGUUCCCUGUCCGAGUUGGAUGGAUGGUUGAGGCCUUAGCCAUUGACCCAUUCGAUUCCAAUCACUGGCUCUACGGCACGGGCUUGACAGUGUAUGGAGGACAUGAUCUUACUAACUGGGACAGUGAGCACAAUGUCACCAUCAAGUCCCUGGCGGUCGGCAUUGAGGAGAUGGCGGUGCUUGGCCUCAUCACCCCGCCGGGAGGCCCGGCGCUGCUGUCUGCCGUAGGGGACGACGGUGGGUUCUACCACUCGGACUUGGACACCGCGCCAAAUCAAUACUUCCACACUCCCACAUACGGCACAACCAACGGAAUCGAUUACGCCGGCAACAAGCCCUCCAACAUUGUUCGGUCUGGCGCAAGCGACGACUACCCGACGCUCGCUCUGUCCUCGAACUUCGGAUCGACUUGGUAUGCGGACUACGCUGCCUCUACCAGCACCGGCACCGGCGCGGUGGCUCUGUCCGCCGACGGGGACACUGUGCUUCUCAUGUCCAGCGGGACAGGCGCCUUGGUGUCAAAGUCGCAGGGCACUCUAACGGCGGUCUCCUCCCUACCGUCCGGGGCCGUCAUCGCCUCGGACAAAUCCGACAACACGGUAUUCUACGGUGGAUCCGCGGGCGCAAUCUACGUGUCGACGGACACGGCGAGCUCUUUCACCAAGACCGUGACGCUGGGGUCCAGCACGACGGUCAACGCCAUCCGCGCGCACCCGUCCAUCGCAGGCGACGUCUGGGCGUCGACCGACAAGGGGCUCUGGCAUUCCACGGACUACGGCAGCAGCUUCACGCAGAUCGGCAGCGGCGUGACGGCGGGCUGGAGCUUUGGCUUCGGCAAGGCGUCCUCCACGGGCAGCUAUGUGGUGAUCUUUGGGUUCUUCACUGUUGAUGGGGCUGGCGGGCUGUUCAAGAGCGAAGACGCAGGGGUAAAUUGGCAGGUGAUCUCGGACGCGUCACACGGGUUCGGGUCUGCAUCGGCCAAUGUGGUGAACGGCGACUUGCAGACCUACGGCCGGGUGUUCGUGGGCACCAACGGGCGGGGGAUUUUCUACGGUGAUCCCAGCGGGAGCCUGCCGGCAGCGACGGCUACUGCUUCUGCCACAGCUACCUCGAAGACGACUUCGUCGACGACGUUGAAGACCACCACCAGCACAACCUCCAAGGCGACCACCUCGACCACAACCUCCAAGGUGACAACAACCUCGACCACGACCUCCAAAGCGACAACAACCUCAACCACCACAUCGACCACCACGUCGAGCGGCAGCACGGCGACCGCCUCGGCGUACGCACAGUGCGGUGGCAGCGGCUGGACCGGGGCGACGGUCUGCGUCAGCGGGUACAAGUGCACGUAUUCCAACGACUUUUAUUCACAAUGUAAGUGA